AUGGCUUUGCUGCAAUCACCAAAGUCCUCUUCUUUUUCCUAUGGAUUCACCUACGAUGUCUUCCUUAGUUUCAGAGGCCCUGACACUCGCUACGGUUUUACUGGAAAUCUUCACAAAGCUUUAUGUGAUACUGGAAUCCGCGCCUUCAUUGAUGAUAGAGAGCUUGAGGGAGGUGAUGACAUUAAAACCUCACUUUCUGAGGCCAUUCAAGACUCUAGAAUUGCCAUUCUUGUAUUCUCUGCCAACUAUGCUUCUUCUUCCUUUUGUUUAGACGAACUUGAUAUACUUUCCAAUGUUCCUGAUAUACUUCUUGAUACUGAUUCUUUUACUGAAACAAUUAUUUGUUUGGACAGGAAUGAAUAUGAAUACAAUUUAAUUGGGGAGAUAGUAAAAAAAGUCACCAACAAGAUCAAUCGUGUUCCUUUGCAUGUUGCAAAUUAUCCUGUUGGACUCCAGUCUCGAUUACAAAAAGUAAAUUCACUUUUUGAUGUUAGAUUUGAUGAUAAAGUCCAAAUGUUAGGGAUAUAUGGAAUUGGAGGAUUGGGAAAAACAACACUUGCUCGGGCAAUUUACAACUCCAUGGCUGAUCAAUUUGAAGUGUUAUGUUUUCUUCAUAACGUGAGAGGAAAUUCAGCUAAAUAUAACUUGGAACGUCUCCGGGAGAUGAUCCUUUCCAAAAUAAAGGGACCAGAAAUUCGGCUAGGAGAUGUAAGCGAGGGGAUUCCAAUCUUAAAGCAAAGGCUACAUUGCAAGAAGGUUUUGUUGGUUCUCGAUGAUGUUGAUGAUCUGAAGCAGUUGCAGGUUUUUAGCUGGAGGACUUGA